GGACUACCAGAAUUGAACUGUUCAGCCAUUCCGUUCUUUUUGCCCCCUUUGCGUUUACCCUUCGGUUUCUCCUCAUUAAACACAUGAUAAAUACAGACAGGGAUGUUUCGGUUGAGACCUUCGUUUUCAUCUCUGCGUUUUGUUCCUUCUGAGAAAGCUCUCAUAUGAGAACAAAAAGCCCAAAAUCUUUUCUCUUGGUGGUUCUUUUCUUCUUCUAGAUUUAUCCCCAUUUUUGGCUGGGCCUUCUAUUUAAGAGAGCCUGUUCUUCUUCUAGUCCUGAUAGUAUUAAGGCUCCUUCUGUGUCAAAGAAUCAGCCAUCAAACCAUUUUCUCAUUGCAGACAUCUCUGCCUGCUGCCUCCUCUUCUUGGUGUUCUGGGUCAGACAGAGAAAGCUGAGUUGUUCUUUAGGAAUUGGGUAUUAUUUUUUUUGAAAGCGCGGAAUUGGGUAUUAUGGGUAACUGCUGGUUUAAAGGGAAUCCAUACUUUAACAGGGUUUCUUCCAAUGCAACAAAAUCAGAAUCACCUAAAAUGCAGAGCCCAUCUGAGAGAAAAGAAAAGGAUGACAGCAUGCUGCCGUCGAACGCGAAAGAGGUGGAGGAACUGAGAAGGGAGUCGGCUCGGAACCCUCUGAUAGCAUUCACAUUUGAGGAGCUCAAGAGGAUAACAAAAAAUUUCAGGCAGGAUUCAUUACUAGGGGGAGGUGGAUUUGGUAGAGUCUACAAAGGAUACAUCACCAGUGAUCUUCGCGAAGGAUUAACAAUAGAGGAGCCACUGCGAGUCGCAGUGAAGGUCCAUGAUGGAGACAAUAGUUUCCAGGGGCAUAGAGAGUGGCUGGCUGAGGUCAUAUUUCUUGGGCAGCUCUCUCACCCAAAUUUAGUGAAGUUGAUCGGGUAUUGUUGUGAAGAUGACCACAGAGUACUUGUUUAUGAGUUCAUGCCCCUGGGAAGUGUGGAAUCACACCUGUUUUCGAGGGUAAUGGUACCACUCCCAUGGUUCACCAGAAUGAAAAUUGCACUAGGUGCAGCAAAAGGACUUGCUUUUCUUCAUGAAGCUGAGAAGCCAGUCAUUUAUCGGGAUUUCAAGACAUCAAAUAUAUUACUUGAUGAGGAAUACAAUGCGAAGCUCUCUGACUUUGGGCUCGCAAAAGAUGGACCAGUCGGCGACAAAUCACAUGUUUCAACACGAAUCAUGGGAACCUACGGUUAUGCAGCCCCGGAGUACAUCAUGACAGGGCAUCUGACAGCGAUGAGCGACGUAUACAGCUACGGGGUCGUGCUCCUUGAGCUCUUGACAGGGCGCAAAUCAUUGGACAAGUCCAGGCCAGUCAGGGAGCAGACAUUGGCAGACUGGGCAUUCCCAAUGCUGAUACAGAAGAAGAAGGUUCUUGGCAUAGUAGACCCCAGGCUCGCCGAGGACUACCCGGUGAAGGCAGUCCAGAAGACGGCGAUGCUGGCCUACCAUUGCCUCAACCGCAACCCCAAGGCUAGGCCGUUGAUGCGCGACAUUGUCGCCACCUUGGAGCCUCUUCAGCAGAUGGAGGAGGAUCCCAGUAUCAGUUUGGUUAGUGGCACUGAAGUGUGAGAGCUUCAUCUUGUUCAGACUUCAGAGAAACAAAGAUGCCAUAUCACCAUAUGUUUGAUCAUAGUAGCUAAUUGAGUGCUUGGUCUGUAUAUAGUAGGUAAUUGAGUUUUGCUAAGAAGGUAUAUGUAAUAUAGUAUCAUUUUAGGUUUGUUUGUGUAUCUAAUGUUUGACAUGGGAAGUGGUUUUUUACCCUUCGAGGAGAUGUCCUCUUAUCUUAUGUACCUUUACCUUUUA